CGACUUAGAUUCGCCAAUUUCUCUUACCACCUUUAGAAUACAACAUCGAAAUCUUAACUCCCGAGCCAUUAAUUUCAUCUUCUCGAUUUAUAAACCCGCGAGAGCACACUUCGUUAUAGAUCAAAAGAGUAAAACGAUACUACAACUUCGCCAAGAUGUCGUGGGCAGGAUUCAAGAAGAAUGUCAAUCGCGCAACGACGCAGGUCAUGAUGAAGACCGGCCACGUUGAAAAGACAAAUGACCGCGAUUACGAAGUCGAGGAGAGACGGUUCCGAACUAUGGAGGCUGCUUCGCUACGACUUCAAAAGGAGGCCAGAGGAUACCUGGAUUCGAUACGAGCAAUGACUGCGUCGCAAAUGCGCAUAGCCGAGACGAUAGAUGCCUUCUACGGCGACGCAGGAGCCAACGACGGUGUUAGUAGGAGCUAUAAACAAGCCGUAGAGGAUCUGGAUACCGAGACCAUCAAAGCGCUGGAUGGUCCAUACCGAACAACGGUGCUAGAACCCAUCACACGAUUCUGUGCUUAUUUCCCGGAUGUCAAUGAAUGUAUCAAGAAGCGCGGCCACAAGCUUCUGGACUACGAUGCACUACGAGCCAAAGUCAAGAAGCUGGCGGAGAAGCCGGACAAGGACGUAACGAAACUACCGCGCACCGAGAAGGAGAUGGAAAUCGCUAGAACGGCCUACGAACAGCUCAAUGAACAACUAUCCACGGAAUUACCUCAGCUUAUCGACCUCCGAGUACCAUAUCUCGACCCGAGUUUCGAGGCGCUUGUCAAGAUUCAACUUCGCUUCUGUGCUGAAGCAUAUAGCAGAAUGGCGCAGGUCCAGCAAUACCUGGAUGCAGACACUAGAGAGCAGUAUGCGCAGGGUCAUCUGGACUCGAGGGUGGAGCAGGUGUUGCAAGAGAUUCGGGAACUUAGCAUCAGCGGUACAGUUUGAGUUGACAGCAGCAGGACAUGAAUACGCGGAGUAAAACGGAUUGUUUCUGGGAUGGUUCUUCUGGCUUGGGCUUGGGAAAUU